AAUGGAGAAGAGAUUUUACAAAACCUGUUCAAAACAUGCUUACUAUUAAUAUAUUAAUAGAUUCGAUCCAAAAUUGUUGGCAACAUAUUAAACUGGAUAUUAUCAUGGAAUUGGAAGACAGUAAAUUUUCUAAUUUAAGUUAAAAGAGGAUUAUUCAAAACAUUAGUUUUGAGAUAAGCAGGUGACAGCAUUGGAAUGGAAGAGGAUCACAGUUAUACUUAUAAGAUGCAUGUGAUGGCCAUGAAUCUAAUGUAUAGAAGUGGUUGGGUGUUAUUUGCUUACAUUCUUAUUUGGAAUACAUUUUUAUUGGGAGAUCCUUGUUAAGUAUCUAAUAGUAUUUUAUGAAUAGGUGUUUAAUACAUCAUAUUGGGACUUAGCAUGCAAACCAUCUGGAGACAUGGAUUACAAUACAAGAUAUGAAAUGUUGUAUGUUCAAGACAGAGUGUUAAGAUUCUGAUC